ACCACUUCCACCCAUCCAAUACUCUCACCAUUCAUCACAAAUUAUCUCCUUUCCAAUGGAAAACAAAAACAAAAAGACAAGUUCUAUUCUCACCAAUUCCGGCCCCCAUUCCGUCAUGCUUACUAAGCCCAUCUCCAACCAACCCAACUCUAAAUGUGACACCGAAUACGAGCAUGUCUGCUGACAUGCCACCUUUUUCUUUCGCGAUUCUCUAACCCUUUCUCCCUUCCUCAUCCCCCUCACUUCCAUUCAUCACCCCUUCAUCAAGCACUAAGUGGGAAUCAUGCUCCGUAAAAAAGAAACCUACACAAUCACCACCCCCCUCCCACCCCCCAUCCCACGCCACCUCGCCAUCUCCAUCCUCCACAGCCACAGCGAAAUCAUCAGUCUAAACCCGCUCGUCAUCUCGCACCACGCCAUCAAAGCGCCCCGAAACGCCCCCGCCGAUGAAUACUACUCCACCUGGUACGAGAUCACCGAGCGGGUCCGCUACGUGCCCCGCACCAUCAGCUUCAACGGAUGUUUCCAUGACGAGCCGUGGGGGUUGCGAACCCAUACGUAUGCGCCCAUGGGCGUGGAUCUGCGCAAUUCGUAUCGCAUUGUGGGGGAGGAUGGGGGAGGAGGGUUAUCGCUCAGGGAGGAUGUCGAGGUGGAGUGUAAUUUGACUUUGAUUGCGUUUGUGAAGAGUCAGUUGCGGGCGGCGAGUAAGAUGUUGGUGGAUAGGUUGAUUAAGAAGGCGGAGUUGGUGGAUAGGGGCGUUUUGCAGGUUAGUCUUGAGGAUGGGGUGUUGAGGACGUUUAAUCCGGCCGAUAGGUCGUGUUUGGAGGAGAGGGAGAGAGAGAGGGAGAGAGAGAGGAGAUGGUCGUAUCAGUCCAUGCCCAAGUCGCCGUCGGGGCAUUCGAGGGAGGGGUCCAUGACGUCUCAGGGAUUUGCGCCGCCGAGGUAUGGGCAGGAUUUUGGGCCUGCGGAGUUGCCGGCGGAUACGUUUUAUUCGGUGUCGGGGCAGGGGCAGGGGCAGGGGAAGUAUAGACCGCCGUCGGAGGGAGGAUAUCCGGCUGAAUUGGCGGCGAUGGAUGAGAGGGGUGAGCAGCGGAGGGAUGUUUACAGUGCAUGAUGGGGUGUCGAUGCGGAUACACUCGUUUACUGGCCGAAGUGUCAUUGGGUUUCGCUAUGGAGGGAUACCAGUGCUUUGAGCCAACGGCAACCGCAUCAGCAUAUGUAUUUUGUCUCUUGAAUGAGGCUUCACAUACCAAGG